AUGGAAGACAUAAAAAAGUUGUUAGCGGAAAUGAAGAGAGACCUAAAAAAGGAGAUGGAAGAAAAUAAGAAAGAAAUAAGGGAUGGUAUUUAUGAUUUAAAGAAAGACUUAACAGAUCUAAGAACAGAAACCCGAGAAAACAAGGAAGAAAUACAAAACCUGAGACAAGAAAUAGAGAAGAAGGAAGAAAGUUGGAUAAAGGAGAAAAACGAAUUAAGGGACAAACUAGCUGAAAUGGAAGAAAGACUGGAAACCUUAGAAAGAGACAAAAGAAGGAAUAAUCUAGUAAUAACUGGAAUAAAAAUAAAUACAGAUAAUGAAGAAAUAUGA